AUGGCUCCGAACCUGGUGCAAAUGAUGUGGCACUCGAGCUUGACGGCACUGUGCCUGAUGGACCAUGUGGUCGGUUUGCUUCCGGUGAAAUUCGAUCGAAUCGCAGAAGGGAGACGUCGAUGCCGAACAGGGACGAGGAUUACUCGGCCACUGGUGACAGCCCUGGUGGUGCUCUGUUUGACGCUGUUGGCCAGCUACGAGUGGACUUCCGUUCUGCUUGCCGAUGGAAUCGACCAAAAGUACCUCAAACAGUGGAUUUCACUCGCAGUGAUGUGGGUGCUGAAUUUGUUUGUUGCCCUGGUUAUUUACUGGCGGCAGUUGGUGAAUAGUGGCCAGAUCCAAACGUUGAAUGACAGUUUUGCUCUGCUCGCCAGUCAGCACAGCGCUAAUACCGGUGCCUUCCGAUACCCCCCAUUGCGUCAUUUGGCCACCGUUCUCGCCCUGGAAUCGGUCGGCCUGGCCGGUCUGUGGCUGGUGAUUAACCCGAUGUAUCGCUCGUACUCGGCCUACGAUGGCUUCCUGUCGGUGGUUCUGAUGGCCCCGGUCACCGUUUGCUCGCUAACCGCCGUUCGUUAUUGUGUGAAUUUUUCAUCGAUCAACUGCAUUUUGGCCAACCUAAACCGUGACACCGGCGACCGGGUGCGUCACUUCCGCCGUCGGAUGUUGCGGGUGCGUGAAAAUAUUAGCGGAAAGGCGAAUGAAUUAGCAAUCGCGCAACUGGAGCUCGAAUUAAGCAAUCAUUUGGACAGGUUAAUUAUUCAUUACGAUAUGCUGGGCGAAACCGUGGCGGCGAUAAUUGAAAUGUACUCGCCGUCAAUCCUGUUUCUGGUUACGCUGGACAUUGGUCAGGUGACGUUCCAGCUGUACAUGUUUUACUGCUACCUGGCCCGGAGCUCUCCAAGCGGUGAUGACGGCGGCGAGCAUCUCCAUAAUGUGGCUUCCACGCUGGUUUCCGCCCUACUCAGCUUCCUGGAAAUAGUGCUGAUCGUGGACGGAACUGCAAAGUUCGCCGAGGGGACGGACGAUUGCAUUGAGCUACUGCAACGCAUCGGCAUACAUUUCAACACGGAGAAACUGGAGCAAAACAUUAGUGUUCUGUGCGAGCUGCUUCAUCACACCCAAGAGGCCACAAUCCGAUUUUACUGCUUUGCGAUGGACAGGUCGUUUCUCAUGACGAUUAUCGCCGCCGCGUGUUCAUACCUGAUUCUACUGAUGCAGACAGCUUGA